AAGAGUAACAUCAGAGCUUGGAAGUACUUAUUAAUAAAAAAAAAAAAAAACAGCGCUUGGAAGGCUGCUCCAUCCUUCAAUCGAAAAACCCUCAGAAAGACAAACCGGCGGCGAUAAUGGAGAACAAGUCGGAGCCGACGGUGAACAAGAAUCAGAAGAAGGCCAACCUUCUAGAUCACCACUCGAUCAAGCACAUUCUCGACGAGUCCGUCUCCGAGAUCGUUGCCAGUCGUGGAUAUGCUGAAGAUGUCAGGAUGAGCAAUGUCAGGUUGUUUAUCGGGACUGUCAUUAUUGCCGUUGCUCUCGUUGCUCAGUUUUACAAGAAGAAAUUCCCGGAGAACAGAGACUUUUUGAUCGGUUGCAUCGUAUUAUAUCCUUCUUUUGAUCUAAACAUUCACUAGCUGCUAUCUCCUUAAAAUUUUGCUCCGUUUGUAAUAUCGUAGAAUUGUGAAUCAUUCCUGUGUAUUUGUUCCAACUCUCUUGGGAAUUAAAUGCCUGGAUUUUGUUGAUGGCUAAGUUGUUGGAUCCUUGACUAUGGCAAGUAUGUAGUCCUCAACGUGGUGUUGCAGCUGAUCAUAUUCAUAAAGGAAAAGAACGCCAUCUUGUUCACUUACCCUCCUAAGGGAUCUUAUACAAGUACCGGUUUGAUGAUCUCUUCCAAAUUACCAAGAUUCGCUGAUGACUACACACUUACUAUAGCAAGUGCUGAUCCAAAGUCAAUUUCUGCUGGGAAGACAGUGGAGUUGACUAAAAGUGUUACAAAAUGGUUCACUAAGGAUGGAGUUCUGGUGGAGGGCCUAAUCUGGAAGGAUGUUAACUCUCUCUUAGACGAGUAUGCAGGGGAGGUAAAGAAGAGCAAGUGAUCUUUUUAAAUCUGAUCGCUCGAUGACAUAGGUGAAAAGCGUACAUUAGUUCCAAUGUUAUCAUGAUGCUUCAGAACUACAACUUUCAAAUGCCAAAGGACAAGGAUUAGACUUUACAUUAUCUUUUUAGACAAUCCAUCGUUACUCUCAGCAGUCGGCACAAGCAAUUCCGUCUAGAGAAUCAUUUCCCCACCCCCCUUGAUUGAAUACCCCUUGUAUGUUGAUGAUUAAAGAUGUUGUACAGCUACAACAUCCUAUCGAACAGGAAGAACUGCAAUCUAUGCUCAAGGGCACCCGGAGAAACUAGCAUUUGGGAAAGUUAUAGGAUCUGAGUUGGAUGCACUCGUUGAGUGUUGAUGUUGUAGUAUCGCAUCAUGCAUUCAGCUGUCGAGAUUGCUGCAUUGCAUGGUACAACAUCUAGGGAUGGCAAUUUCGACCUGACUUGUUUGGCCUGUUUUGGGGCUGUCCGACCUGUCUCGUAGACAGGGCAGGGCGGGCAUGGGUACACUCAUCGACCUGACCCACCUUGACCCGCCCCAUUCUCGACCCGUUCUUGCCUAGAUUACAUGUCAUUUUAGUCAAAUUACUUAGGAUUUUCCUUUUAUUACAUCAUAUUUUAGCUGUAAUAAAGUUGUAAAUUAGUGAAAACCUUAAUUUCACCAAUAAUUUAACUACAUUUAUCAUAAUAUUGUUUGUUUUCUU